AGCCAGAGGCUGAGUAAACAGGACCGAGAAACACAUACUUAGUCUUCGGUGUCGAGCAGAGUCGGACUCGCAGGCGGAUUCCAUCCGCAAUCCUUUUGAUGAGACGGUUUCCUCGGAUAUUACGCCGCUUACGCUGACAAUCCUGCGCCACCACGAGUGUAUGCACAAGAAGGUGGAAACGAUGCUGCUGUGGCUGGUGGUGGUUGCGGCACUUCUGGUGACCGGGCAAGCUACGAACUCCUCCACCGGUGAGCACACCGCACCUAGGCAGACCGACUGCCGCACCCCGGAUGGCCAGGAAGGCUUCUGCAUCAUGGCGUCGCAGUGCAGGCCACUGGCGCUUCUAUCGUCCAGCCAACAGCGGCGGUACGUGUGCGGCUACCGAGGACCGCUGGCCAAGCUCUGCUGCGCACCCGAACAGGAUUCGGGAGAAAGAGCCGACAACUCGACCGGCGUCGUCUCCCGCGGCGCUGGUUCGGACGGUGCGGCCAUCGCCCCUGCCCCAUCGCCCGAACCUUUGCCCGAAGGCUACCCCAACGCGCUGCCUUCCGGUUGUGGACUUUCCAGUGUGAGUGACUCCCGCGUCGUCGGAGGACGAGUGGCAGAUGUCGGUGCGUGGCCGUGGAUGGCAGCCAUCUACCUGAAGACGGAAGCCCAGCCAAAAGUCGGCUGCGGAGGCGCGCUAGUCACAGAUCGCCAUGUGCUCACCGCAGCCCACUGCGUCAGCGUCGGCGCGCGUGCAAGGCAGCUUCCCGCCCGGGUGCUGACCGUGAGAGUCGGCGACCACGACCUGAACUCGAGCGACGACAAUACGACGCCCAUGGACGUCGAAGUGGCCGACGUGAUCCGCCACCCGCGCUACGACCGGCGCACGUACGCCAACGACAUCGCGUUGCUCGUGCUGCGCAAACCCGUCACUUGGGGGCGCUACGUGAUGCCAGUGUGCCUGCCUUUCGGACCCCUGGCUUCGAACACCCUGGACGGUCACAACGCUUUCAUCGUCGGUUGGGGCGCCACGCAAUUCAGCACGCCACAAGGGGGUGUCCCCGAACCCACGAGGUCUGUCACAGACGGAGCCGGAAGCAGCGUGCUGCGGCAAGCCCAGAUCCCCGUGUGGGCCGAGGCCGAAUGCAAGAAGUCGUACGCGCAGCACCUGCCCAUCAGCAAGUCUCAGCUCUGCGCGGGAGACGCUGGUGCCGAAAUGGACUCGUGUCAGGGCGACUCCGGGGGUCCCCUGUUGCUGCCGCACGAGGGCCGCUACUACGUGGUGGGCAUCGUCUCCUCGGGAAAGGACUGCGCCACGCCAAACUUCCCGGGGAUCUACACCCGCGUCUCUUCGUACCUCGACUGGCUGCGCGACCAGCUGGGCGUGGGGCAACAGUCGCACUUCGAGCCAGGUCGCGGUGACCGGGAAGCGACCAUGGCGCAGGAGCUGGGAGACGAGCUUGGCCGCGUCCUGCGGGAGCGGGGCCCCAUCGACACCGCGCUGGAUCGCUUCGAACGCCAGACCAAAGUGCGCCGCGAGUACCUGGUGUACGGCGCGAUGGGCGUCGUGGCCGUCAUGUUCGCCAUGGACAUGAUGAGCGCCUUCCUCUGCCAGUCCAUCACCACCGUCAUAGGGGUGCUGGGCUGCCUGCGGGCCCUGGAGCGACAGGACCAGGCCUCCAUGCAGAAGUGGACUGCCUACUGGCUCAUCUACAUCAUCCUCAACGUCUACCUCGGUUUCAUAGUGCGCUUCGUGGGCCGCUACUUCAUCAAAAUCCACAUGUUCAAGUUCCUGCUUCUCGCCUGGUGCGCGCUGCCCAUCGAGGGCAACGGAUCGGACUACAUCUACAACAAGCUGCUGGCGCACCGCAUAUUCCGGCCAACUGGAAUGAUCGCGUCUUUGGUGCCCAAGAAGACCGCGUCUCCGCCGCUCCAGCCGCCCGGAGACGAGCGACGCGACAAGACGCGCCCGAGUGCGUCUCCCGACCGCCGGUCCGUGAUCCUCCGUGAAUCUCACGUGGUCUACAACCACUGGAGGAGUUUAGCGCCCCCCUACAAGAAACCCGGGCAGCUUUUGUCGGCUGUGGUCAGAACGAGUUUGGUUUGCGCCUUCCUGGACCGACCGGCUGGUUUUAGGCGCCGAAACGGCCCUUGUGUGUGGCAGUGGUGCUUGUUUUCGACUUCGACGCGACAAAGCAGCAGCGGCGGUGGCACCAUGUGGCUCUGCGUGCUUCUCUCGCUAGGCCUGCUGGCCCCAGCGCUGGCAGCGAAUGACGAGGCUACCACGGAGGAAACUCCAGAGAAGAGGCUACUGGUGUUCCCGCCUAACGAGCUGCCGUCUCCUGGCGGCUACUGCCAGUCACCGCUGGGCGUGACGGGCCGCUGCAUACCGUACCAGGAGUGUCGCUUCCUGUUCGACGACGAGUUCCUGGCGCGCCGGUCGCUGUGCGGCUUCAGUCGGCGACAGUCGCUCGUGUGCUGCCCUCAGAAUGGCGGCGGCGGAGGUGGAGGAUUCGGCGGAGGCUUCGGCGGCGGCUUCGGAGGAAACGGAUUCGGAAACGGAUUUGGAAACGGAUUCGGCAACUUCUUCCCGCAGCAGAUACCGCACGUACCACAACAUACGUUCCCGGGCCUGAAUCGGCCGCUGCAGCCCAGUCCGCCGCCCGUCUUUCCUGGAGGUGGAGGUGGCCGGCCAGGAGGUGGAGGUGGCCGGCCAGGAGGUGGAAGUAGACGGCCAGGAGGAGGUCGUCCACAUUUCCCCGGCCAACGGCAGCCCCCCGCAGAGCGACCGCCGCAGCAGAAUCUAUGGGGCACGCAUGAUUGCGGCGUAGCUAGCAGUGCAUUGGUCCGAAUCGUGGGAGGCAGGGAGUCCCAGCUAGGAGCGUGGCCCUGGAUUGCGCUGCUGUUCAUCGACGUGCACGGCAACGGCGUCCGCUCUCCUUUGUGCGGCGGUGCGCUCGUCACACCCCGGCACGUGCUCACGGCCGCGCACUGCACCUUCAGCGGCAACCGGUCGCUGACUCCGGAUGCGUUCGUCGCGCGGCUGGGCGAGCACGACUACCUGAGCAGCGACGACGGCGCCAACCCCGUGGACGAACCUGUGGUGCGCAUAGACCGCCAUGCGCAGUUCAAUCCGCGCACCUACCUGAAUGACGUGGCCGUGCUCACGCUGCGGCGGCCCGUGCCCCUGAACAAGGACAUCGCGCUCAUAUGCCUGCCGUACGGCUCCAUGCGCGACGACCAGUACCAGAACCGCAGUGCCAACAUCGCCGGCUGGGGCGAGCUCUACUACGGCGGACCGUCGAGCGCCACGCUACAGGACACGCGCAUACCCAUCCAGAGCCUGGACACCUGCAAGGAGUCCUUCAAGCGCACCAGCAUCACGUUCACCGACCACUACCUUUGCGCGGGCAGCCUGAAAGGCGACAAGGACGCCUGCAGAGGCGACUCCGGAGGACCGCUAAUGCUGCUGGACGACCAACAGCGGUUCACCAUCAUCGGCAUCACAUCGUUCGGGCGCCGCUGUGCGGAACCCGGCUACCCGGGCGUCUACACGAGAGUAGCCAAGUACCUCGACUGGAUCCAGCAGAGGCUCGUCUGAAUGCCCCGCCGAGGGCGCCCCCUGUAAAUAAACCCGCUACGUCACCACUCG